AUGAGAUCAGCCUUCCUCUCCAAGCUUCAGACGCAUGCGCCUGUGGCCCAGCCACAGGUAAUAAGCAGUGGAUUAGCCAAGGAAGCCGGUGAUUUGCCCCAAGAGCAAGAGGUUGACGCCGAAGACCAGCUUUCAGCAGAUGCCCAAGAUGGGGUACGCAAGAUCCAGGCCACCACCCAGGUCUGGAGCAAAGGACAUCUCAUCUUUGCAUAUGUCAUGAUAUGGGUUAUUACCUUCGUCGACACAAUGCAGCAGGGAAUGUCCAAUUCCCUUCUCCCUUAUGUUACCAGUAGUUUUAGGCUGCACUCAUUGACGGCUUCAACCAUGAUUAUGUCGAAUAUCAUCGGAGGUCUUAUCAAGUUACCACUUGCUAAGGUUCUAGAUAUCUGGGGUCGACCACAAGGCUUCCUCAUCAUGGUAGGAGCACUGACGAUCGGCCUUGUCAUGAUGGCUGCAUGCAACAAUGUCAAAACCUAUGCUGCUGCGCAAGUGUUCUACUGGGUAGGAUACAAUGGGAUGAGUUACACAAUAAGUAUUUUCAUUGCUGAUACAUCCGCUCUGAAAAAUCGAGCCCUUAUGUUUGCGUUUGUUUCGUCACCUUAUAUCGCUACUGUCUGGGUUGGCGGACCACUUGCGACGGUCUUCCUGAAUGGUCCUGGCUUCAGGUGGGGUUAUGGUGCUUUCGCCAUCAUCACUCCUGCCAUCACUUGCCCUCUGUACGCAGUGUUUGCCUGGAACUACAAAAAGGCGAAAGACGCCGGGUUGCUACCUGAAAAAACACAUAGUCGCACAUUCACCCAAUCGCUCAAACACUAUUUCUUCGAAUUCGAUAUUAUCGGGAUAAUUCUCCUAGCUAGCGGGUUGGCUUUGUUUCUCCUCCCAUUCAGCCUUUAUUCUUACCAGAAGGAUCAAUGGAGAUCAAGCCUAGUCAUCAGCAUGAUCAUCGUGGGUGGUCUCCUCCUUAUCGCUUUCGCCCUUUACGAGAAGUACCGGGCACCGGUAUGUUUCAUUCCUUUCGAACUCCUUUUCGAUCGAACUGUGUUGGGCGCCUGUAUUCUUGCUGCAAGUUUGUUUGUCAGCUUCUACAUCUGGGAUAGCUAUUUUUCAUCUUUCCUCCAAAUCGUCAACGACUUGUCAAUCACCCAGGCCAGCUAUAUCGUGAACAUAUAUAGCAUCGGCGCGUGCUUUUGGUCCAUCAUCGUAGGCAUCUUAGUGCGAUGGAGUGGGCGCUUUAAAUGGCUUGCCCUCUAUUUCGGUGUGCCUCUUACCAUUCUCGGCGUAGGCCUCAUGAUCACUUUCCGCCAGCCGGAUGUCAAUAUCGGAUAUAUCAUCAUGUGCCAAAUUUUUAUCGCCUUUGCUGGUGGAACGUGCGUCAUAACAGAGCAAAUGGCUGUUAUGGCCGCUACAUCUCAUCAAUAUGUCGCCGUCGUUCUCGCAGUUGAAUCCAUGUUUGCAAACAUCGGCGGCGCAAUCGGUCAAACCGUUGCCGCUGCAAUCUGGACCGGAGUAUUCCCCCAAAGAUUAGCUGAGUACCUACCUGACGAGGCCAAGGCCAACGCCACCCUCAUAUACGGAGAUCUUACGGUACAAAAAUCGUAUCCAGUUGGAAGCCUUGAAAGAAUUGCCAUUAACAGAGCCUAUGGUGAUGGGCAAAAAUAUAUGCUUAUAGGAGGUACUGCGAUUCUGGCUGUCGGCCUUGGAGCUACCAUGAUGUGGAGGGAUAUCAAGGUCAAGGACUUCAAGCAAGUCAAGGGCCUUGUUGUUUAA